AUGAUAUCUAGCGAGACAACACCCGAAACAUCCACAGAGUCGGCUCCUUCGGGGAGGACUUUCCCACCUUUAUACUCUUCGGCAGGGGACGCCUCGAUGGACAGACUGGCGUUCUUUCACAUCCUCGAGAGACUCAAGACACAAAAACGAACAGGCUGGGUCGACAAUAAAAGAGAAGCCAGCAUUGCGGAUCAUAUGUACAGGAUGGCUGUACUGGCGAUGUGUGCCGGAGACACCCAAUUAGACGUUUCCAAAUGUGUCAUGAUGUGCAUCGUACACGAUCUUGCCGAAGCGCAAGUCGGCGACAUCUCGCCACGGGAAGGUAUCCCUAAGGCAGAGAAGCGACGUCUCGAAUCAGAAGCUAUGCAUAAUUUCACUCAUGAGAUGCUUCAUAACAGCUUUGCUGCACAACGAAUACAAGCUCUCUGGAAGGAAUACGAAGAUGGUGAAACUGCGGAAGCGCGAUUUGUCAAGGAUCUUGACAGAUUCGAGAUGGCGUCGCAGGCUUUUGAAUACGAGCGGCGACAUGACAGGUCAUUGCAGCCGUUCUUCGACAGCAGCAUCCCUUUCAUCCGACAUCCCGAGGUGAAAAAUUGGGGCGAAGACCUCUUGGCUGAGAGACAAAACGCCAAAGAGUCGACUGCAAGCUGA